AUGGGGAUUCGUUAUCGCGAGCAUCUCGAUUUCGGAAAAAAUAAGCUUUCGGAUGUCAUUUUGAUUGCUGGAGAUCGAAAAUUCUAUGUGAACAGAAUGUACCUUGCUCAUCACUCGUCUUAUUUCAAAACUCUAUUACUUGGAAAGCUCUCUGAAUCUGAAAAAUCGAUAAUCGAACUGAAGAAUAUCGAUCCGGAGGAUUUACAGAAGUUUCUAGAAGUUCUAUAUGGAGAAUCUGCAAUUGAUGAUUAUAGAGGGGAUAUAGAGGGGAUUCUGAAAAUGACAGAUAUGUACGAUGCGAAAACUGCAAUCAGAAGAUGCGAGAAAUUUUUAUUGGAAAAAUCGAAAGAUUCGAUGAAAAUCAUAUUUACAUUGGCAGUGAGAUACAAACUGGAUGCUUUGAAGAAAAAGUGUCUGUCGGAACUGAAAACCACCGCUGAAAUUCGUGAAUUGGUUCCAGAAAAUGCUCAUGAUUUCGGGCCAGAUGUCUGGAAGGAGCUAUUCUUGAAGGCGACCUCUCCUCAAUAA